UUUAUCAGAGUUAUUCCUCUUGGAAGAAGCCAUCUUCAGUGUUGACAUGAGCACGUUGUGAAAUCAUCUUGAAAAUGGGGAGAAAGAAAACUGGUGGAAAUUUAGGGAAAACCUUAAUAAAGGAUCGUUUUGGCAAGAAAAACAUUGUCAAGAGGGAUGACUCGUUCCUUCACACCAGUGAACUUCAGGACGGUUAUGACUGGGGGAGACUGAAUCUCCAGUCUGUCACAGAACAGAGUAACUUGGACGACUUUCUGGCCACAGCAGAACUCGCAGGGACCGAGUUUACAGCCGAGAAACUAAAUAUACAGUUUGUCGACCCCCAGAAACAUACAGGAUUAAAACCUGAGGAGUUGGACCAUAUUAAACAGUUACACAAAGAGCAUGAGACAUUGCUAAGGAUUCCCAGAAGACCCCUUUGGGAUGAGACAACCACUGCUGAACAGUUAGAUCAGAUGGAAAGGGAGAGCUUUCUGCAGUGGAGGAGAGGUCUAUCUGCUUUACAAGAGAUUGAGGGGAUAAUCAUGACUCCGUAUGAAAAGAAUCUUGAGUUUUGGCGACAACUGUGGAGAGUGAUAGAACGUAGUGACAUCAUCGUCCAAGUGGUGGACGCUCGGAAUCCCUUGUUGUACCAGUGUAAUGACUUAGAGCAAUAUGUCAAGGAAGUCGAUACAAGCAAAGUUAAUAUCUUAAUCAUCAAUAAAGCUGAUUUUCUCAGUAACAGUCAAAGACAGAUGUGGAAGGAGUAUUUCGAUAAAGUUGGAACUCGGGUGGCAUUUUGGUCGGCACUAGAGGAAUCUGAGAGGCAUGAGAGAGCUGAGAGGGAGGAAGAGGAGGAGGAGAUGUUAUUAGAGUCGGAUAGUGAGGAGGAGGAGGAGGAAGGAAGUGAGGAAGAGGGAAAUAUUGACAGUGACAAAAUUGAGGAAAAAGUAGCUAGUUCAGAUAAAAUCAGCAUUGAUGAUCAUACAGACAUCAUAACAGAAGAAACUUCUUGUUCAACACACAAAUCUCCUUCUGAUAAUACGGAAACUCAAAACAGUGGAAGUGAGGCUUCUGGAAGUGCAAAAAUGAAUAACAGUGUUAAAGUUCUGAAUGCAGAAGAAUUGCUGGAUUAUUUCAGAAGUGUUCACCAGGGGAAAAAAGUGACAGAGGGACAGACAACAGUGGGCAUGAUCGGGUAUCCUAAUGUUGGGAAAAGCUCAACAAUAAAUGCAAUCCUAAAAACCAAGAAAGUACCAGUGUCCUCAACCCCAGGGAGAACCAAACACUUCCAGACCCUUUAUGUGGAGAGUGACUUGAUGCUGUGUGAUUGUCCUGGACUUGUCUUCCCAUCAUUUGUAUCAACAAAAGCAGAGUUGAUUGUGAAUGGAAUUUUACCGAUUGACCAGAUGAGGGACCAUUGGCCCCCAGUGAAUCUUGUGUGUAGUUACAUCCAGAGGGAGACCCUGGAGGCUUUGUAUGGAAUAAACCUCCCACCACCUCAGGAGGGGGAGGACCCAAAUCGUCCUCCAACUGCAGAGGAACUUCUGACAACCUAUGGCAGUAUGAGGGGAUAUAUGUCUGUAAAUGGUAUCCCAGACUGCCCGCGGACGGCCAGGUAUAUCCUCAAGGACUUUGUGAAUGGACGCUUACUCUACUGUCACCCACCACCUGAUGUGGAUGAAAAAGAUUUCCAGUCAGGAGGAAUAGUUCCUAAGGAUCUAAGAGAUAAACAAACUGUUUUGUCAAGAAAGAAACCAAAAGAGGCCCCCGCACAGCAAAGCAAGCUUGAUAAGGACUUUUUUCAGAAAUUAAAUGUUGGUAUGCAUUCUAAAGGAAUGGUCAGUGCCAAACAAUCAGGAGGGGCCACCUAUGGGGGGAGCAGUGCGAGUAGCAGUAUGAUGUCAGUGGCUGGAAAACCAUGGAAGAAACACCACAACAAAGGGAAACGGGAAAAAUUACGCAGACUUUACAAAGACGGGGAGUGAUGUGUUGUGGAAGAGUCAAUAUUUAAAAGAAAAAUAUCAUGUGAUGAAUAACUUCCAAAAUAUUCCUUAUAUUAAAUUGAAAAAAAAUACAUGUAUAUAUAUUAUCAUGAUUAUAUGAAAUAAACAUAUCUAAAGAUA